UGUUGUAUAACAGGCAUGGCUGGCCGUAAUAGAAAAGAAAUGACUAUUGUUCUGAUGAUGCUGAGAUGCGUAAUAAUAUUAUUUAGCUUAAUCGUGGGCGUGAGCGGGCAACAGUGCGGUCGGCAAGCCGGUGGGAGGUUGUGCGAUAACAACAUAUGCUGCAGCCAAUGGGGAUACUGUGGGACGACCGACGAAUAUUGUCUCCCAUCAAGUGGCUGCCAGAGUAACUGUCGUGGAGAUGUCCCAGCAGGCGGAAGCGCGUCCAACGUGAGGGCAACUUAUCAUUUCUACAACCCCCAGCAGGUGAAUUGGGACCUUUACGCCGUAAGUGCAUAUUGCUCAACUUGGGACGGCAACAAGCCCCUCUCUUGGAGGAUGAAGUAUGGUUGGACAGCCUUUUGCGGUCCCGUCGGCCCAAGAGGGCAGGCAUCGUGUGGCAAGUGUCUCCUGGUGACGAACAGACGGACAGGGGCAAAAAGGACGGUAAGGAUAGUGGAUCAGUGCAGCAAUGGAGGGUUGGAUUUAGAUGAGGGAGUGUUCAGGCAGCUUGACACCGACGGAAGUGGGAUUGCCCAGGGCCACCUUAUUGUUGAUUACCAAUUUGUGGAUUGUGGCAAUCAUCUCCAAUUAUAUUCUUAUUAAUUAUGGUGAUCACCAGCUACCAGUUACUAGCACUAUAUAUCAGAAAAAAAAAAAUGAAAAUUAAGUUUAUGAGUUUGUACCACACUCCUGUCAAAAUAAAAUUAUGCAUAUGCAGUAUGCAUCUUAAUGACGAUGAAUAUCAGUUUCAUCAUCGUUUAUAUAUGAUUUGGAAAUAAAAGAA